UGUUCGACCAAUCACAGUGAAGCACCGGCGCCAGACAUCCAAUUACUAUCAUCCUCAGUGUUAGCUUGCUCUGCGGCUGCACGACAUUUCAGUGAGUACAUACGUCUCUCCUCUUCAUCAUGGCCUCUGGAGCGUUGUUCCCCAGCAUGGUGUCCGGCUCCCGCGGCUCCUCCAGCAAGUACCUGGUGGAGUUUCGUGCUGGUAAGAUGACCAUGAAGGGCAGCACGGUGACGCCCGACAAGCGCAAAGGUCAGGUGUACAUCCAGCAGACCGACGACUCGCUCAUCCACUUCUGCUGGAAGGACCGCACCACCACCAACGUGGACGAUGACCUGAUCAUCUUCCCUGAUGACUGCGAGUUCAAGCGUGUGAGCCAGUGCACCACCGGCCGAGUCUUCGUGCUGAAGUUCAAGGCCGGCUCCAAGAGGCUUUUCUUCUGGAUGCAGGAGCCGAAGUCUGAGAAAGACGAGGAGCAUUGUCGUAAAGUGAACGAGUAUCUCAACAACCCCCCCAUGCCGGGCGCUCUGGGGAGCGGCGGCAGCGGAGGACACGACCUGUCUGCUCUGGGAGGAGAAGGCGGCCUGCAAAGCCUUCUGGGUAACAUGAGCCACAACCAGCUCAUGCAGCUCAUUGGACCGACUGGACUGGGCGGGAUCGGGGGUCUCGGGGCGCUGGCUGGUCCAGGACUGGCAAAUCUCCUGGGAAGCAGCAGCAGCAGCAGCAGCAGCGUCCCUGCAGCCAGCAACUCCUCCACCAGUCCGUCCACAGCCGUCACCCCGACCUCCACCUCUGCAACCAGCCGCCUCGGCUCCACCCAGGCGCCGACCACCCCCAUCACUCCCUCCGCCACCUCAGCGGCCUCCCCCACCGCCACCACCCCCACCACCCCCGUUGUGUCCGCUGUGGCAGCGGGGGCCGCCAAUCCCUCCCAGCCCAUCCAGCUGAGGGACCUGCAGAGCAUCCUGGCCACCAUGAACGUCCCCGCCGGAGGACAGGGAG